ACCCGACCUCUGUCAGAAAUGGGGAAUGUGCAGUCGGAGCCGUCCGCGGGCGGCGGCUCCAGAAAAGAGCAGGCCUCGGACCGUGCCUCUGACUCCCGCCGGACGUCCUUGUUGGAGCCCGAGGUGACUCCGUCCUCCCCGGCAAUGCGCCUGGCUCGAGGACUGGGCGUCUGGUUCCCUGGCAGCUCUGCACCCCCAAGACUCCUGGUACCCCCGGAGCCUCAGGUCUCAUCCUCACCCCUGCCCCUGACCUUAGAAUUACCCUCGCCAGUGACAUCUCCUUCAGAGGAGGCGCCUGCAGCCGCGAUCUCCACACCACCCCCAACCCCCGUGGGGACCCAGCUGCCUGCGCCGUCUAAGUGGCGAAAACCCACCGGCACCCCAGUGCCCCGGAUUCGCGGCCUGCUGGAGGCGAGCCACCGAGGCCAGGGCGACCCACUGAGCCUCCGCCCAUUGCUGCCGCGACCUCGGCAACUAGCCCAAGAGGAUCCCGCUCCCUCCACGACGGCCGCGUCCUCAUCUCCCAAGCCCUUGGAGUCGCGGAAGCCGCCACCACCUCCACCUCCUGAGCGGCAGCCCCCCGACCGCAGAAUUACUCCCGUUCUAGCCGCACCUGCGGCGACCACCGCUGAAAGCCAAAUGGGUAGCGAGAGCCGGUCCCCCAGCUGGACCCGCGGAGGGGCGCCUCCUGAAGCGGGUGGGGGCGAAAUGGCCCGGCCCGCCUCCGAGUCCGGCCUGAGUCUGCUUUGUAAAGUCACCUUCAAGUCGGGGCCCCCUUUGCCCCCUGCCACUGCCUCAGGUUCCUUAGGGGCCAAAGCUUCGUUCGGGAGUGGCGGAGGGGGAGGACUCUUCUCUGUCACCCCAGGAGCCAUCUCUUACGCUGAGGUCCUGAAGCAGGGGCCGCUGGCUCCUGGGGCUCCCCGCCUCUCAGGAGAGACCCCUCCUCGGGGGUCUCCGGAAGCGGAAGGUGGAGAUGGAGACGCCGAGGGCUGUUCUUGUCUGCCUUCAGCGCCUGCAUCCCAUGCGCGAACCCUACAACCACCACCUUACACCACCUUACCAAGCUCCAAACCCAAAUUCGACUGGGUGAGCCCACCAGAUGACCCAGAACUCCACUUCCGUUUCAACGGCGAGGCCUGUGGAGGUGUCGGGCCGCCCCGACGGCGCGCCGCAGCGCUCUCGGGACCCUGGAGUUCCCCGCCGCCGCUGCCGCCACCGCCACUACCGUCGCCACCGCCAGCGAGGCAGACGCAUCCAGCUCCCCGGCCCCGGAGGCCCACCCCCGCGCUGCUGGUACCGCCUAUGUUCAUCUUCCCAGCGCCCACCAAUGACGAGCCCGGGUGUCCCGGGUCUCCAGACCAGCAGGAGUUGCCGCCGCCGCCACCUUCCAAGCCACCAUCCAAGCCGCCGCCCACGCCGCCGCCCACGCCGCCGCCCACACCGCAACCGCCAGAGCUUCAGCCAACACCGGUACCUGUGGCGGUCCUGCCCACUCCAAGCCCCAGCGCUGCAGAGUCUGCCCAGGAGUCUACCCAGGUCCCUGCUCCGCCCCCCACCUUGGCCGCCGACCAAGUCCCGGCCCCGACGACCCCUUCCCCGGCUCCAGUUCCCACCGUAGGGGAGCCAUCGCCGCUGGUGCCGGUGCCGAUGCCGGCGCCCGUCAAGACCCGUACGCGCCGGAACAAGGGCCCCCGCGCGGCCCGGGGUGCAACCCGAGAGAAUGGCGCACCUAGAAAUGGCCCCCGUGAACGCACCGUUGUCAACACGACUGAUAGUGGCCGUGGAGCGGGUGGUAGUGGUAACGGGGUUCCUGCUGCAGGGGUGGCUAACUCGGGCGCUGCGCACCACUGGCCGCCCUUCCAGGUGCUGUCUUCUUGUCCCUGCAAAUGUUACUGCCGUCACCAGCCACGCCAUCGCAGGCUGCCACGAAACGUGUCUGCUUGGCUGAGCACACCGACUAACCACUUGAGAGAGCCGCCUUGGGUGGCCACCAUCAAGCUGGCUGGCUCCUUGGUGGCAGGGCUGGAGCAGUACGACCAGCAGGCCACUCAUCCCAACUGA